AUGGCGACGCGGAACGACCGGUACAACAAGCUCUCGCCCCAGGAGCGCCGCGCUGGAGAAUCGGUAUGCGCCUCGCCACCAAAUUGUUGCCAUGGCUCUAAUACAGACGCACGCAGGNCCCUCAGCGACUUUGCCGACUACGUGCAGAAGCAGCAGGCCAAACGCCGCCAUCCCCAUGACCAAGACUCUGCAUACGGCACCCAGUCGGUUGUCACGACCGAGGAACAUGCCGAGCUCGAUAUCCUCGACUCUCUCAACCUCAGCGACGAGCCCGCGAGCCUUCCGCUCAAACACCUCUUCCUUGACAAGUCCGACGAUGCCGAUGAGAGCCUGAGUCUCUUGACAGGCUUCGUCAAUGGCCGCCUCGAAGAAGGCCAUGGUGAGGCCAUGUUCGACCUUGGCCUGGAAGACAACGGAGACUCUAUGAACUUUGACAAGAAUGACUGGGACUUUGCUCUGGCCAGACUGCACACUGUCACCGAAUCACUAGGCGCCGACUACCGCAUACUCAUGACCAAGAAUGUCGGUGGCGAAGACGAGGUUGAUGUGAGCCCCAAGGAGAAGGCGUGCAGCGGAAAGUUGAUGAUCAGGCGGCGGCCCAACUCGGUUGACAAUGUCAUCGAGACCCGAAUAGCCGUUGUCGGCAAUGUCGAUGCUGGAAAAAGCACCAUGUUGGGUGUGCUGGUCAAGGGCGGUCUCGAUGAUGGCCGUGGAAAGGCCCGUGUUAACUUGUUCCGUCACAAGCACGAGAUCGAGAGUGGAAGAACAAGCUCGGUGGGCAUGGAGAUCAUGGGAUUCGACAGCAAGGGUGAGGUCGUCAUGGCCUCGACCGCUGGUCGCAAGCUCUCGUGGGAGGAAAUCGGCAACAGAUCGGUGUUCAUCGGCUUCACUGAUCUAGCUGGCCACGAGCGCUACCUGCGCACUACAGUAUUCGGCAUGCUCAGCAGUGAACCUAACUACUGCCUACUCAUGGUUGCUGCCAACAAUGGCUUGAUUGGCAUGAGCAAAGAGCAUUUGGGAAUUGCCCUAGCCCUCAACGUGCCAGUCAUGGUUUGCAUAACCAAGAUCGACAUCUGCCCGCCGCACAUUCUCCAGCAAACCAUCACCCAGUUGACCAAAAUUCUCAAAUCGCCAGGUGCCAGGAAGAUACCCAUAUUCAUCAAGAACAAGGAAGAAUGUAUAAACACCGCCACUCAGUUCAUCAGCCAGCGUAUCUGCCCCGUCUUCCAAGUCUCCAACGUAACCGGCCACUCCCUCGAUCUCGUUCGUACCUUCCUCAAUAUCAUUCCCCACCACGGUCAUUACGACGCCGAAGCUCCUUUUGAAUUCCACAUCAACGAUACUUUCUCGGUGCCGUUCGUUGGUACAGUGGUGUCUGGAGUUGUCAAAUCUGGUGUCGUACACGCUGGCGACACUGUAUUAGUUGGUCCUGACGGCCUUGGCAAUUUCACGACGACGAGCAUCAGGAGCAUCGAAAGGAAACGAAUAGGUGUCCCUGCCUGCAGUGCGGGUCAAAGUGCCAGCUUUGCCCUGAAGAAGGUUCGCAGAAAGGACGUACGCAAAGGCAUGGUGUGCCUACUCAAGAACGACGAGCAGCCACCUAAGGUCCACCGCGAGUUCAUAGCCGAAGUCCUUAUUCUCAGCCACGCAACCACCAUCAAGACAAAAUACCAGGCCAUGCUGCACGUCGGCCCCAUCUCUCAGACAUGUGCUAUCAUCGACAUCGACAGAGCUUACAUCAGGACCGGCGAUCGUGCGACCGUAGCAUUCCGCUUUGUCCAGCGUCCAGAGUUUCUUGCUGUGGGCGAUCGUAUACUGUUCAGAGAAGGUAGAACGAAAGGCCUGGGUAUUGUCAAGGCCGUUGGCUACGAUCCGAGCAAACCGCUCAAUCCUGACGCUGGCAAGCAGAAGGCGGUCGCCACAGAGGUCGCGGACACUACCGCCCCUACUCCCGCUACUGCAUAA